AUGAGCGUGCGGGCGAUGAAGGUCAUGCUGCUCCUCUCGUCAGCAGCAGCAGCAUCAGCAGCCUCAGUCUGCCAUGCGCACGUCCAACUGGUAAAGGAACCCCUGGGCCCGGCUGCCCAGACGCGUCUGCAUCCGCUGGCGCUCGCCCCCUUUGCCUUUGCACCGCUCGACGACGGCAUCGGCACCAACAAGGCCAACGACAGCGACGGCUUCUCCGUGUACCACUCGCGCGACUUUGCCAGGGGCCGGGGCAUCUCGGUCGUGGCGACGGCCUCGCGGGCGCAGGGGCUGGAGAGGGCCAGGCCGCCCGAUGACGCCAACGACUUCUCGUCGCCGCCGUACGAGGAGCGCGCCAUCCCCGGCAAGGGCCGCGGGCUCGUGGCCACCAGGAUGCUGCACCGGGGCGACAGGAUCUUUGCCGACACGCCCGUCCUCCUCGUCGACGCCGAGGCCUACCGCUCGCGAGACGCGCGCUGGGUCGCGCUGCCGCACCUCGCCGUCGACAGGCUGCCCGGGUCGACGCAGGACCUCUUCUGGGACAUGCACGCGCGGCCUGGGGGCGAGGAUGCCGUCACGGGCCGCAUCGACCCCAACUCGUUUGAGGUCGAGAUUGACGACGGCCUCUACUACGCCGUGUUUCCCGAGAUUGCAGUCAGUGUGCCAGACUCCUCCUCUCCCCCCCCUUCACCCCCUUCGCCCCCUUCACCAGCUUCAACUUCUGACGGUCGGGUGUGGAUUCGCCAGCGCAUCAACCACGACUGCCGGCCCAAUGCGAUCUACUACUUUGACGCGGAGACGCUCACGCAGCGCGUCCACGCCGUGACAGACAUUGCGCCCGGGACCGAGCUCUCCGUCACGUACAUUGCGCCGGUGGAAAGGGGCGCCGAGCGGGCGGCGCAGCUCCUCCGCUCGUGGGGCUUCAACUGCUCGUGCAGCGCGUGCCGGCAGCCGAGCGAGUUGGCGCACAUGUCGGACAAGCGCAUCGCCGCCAUUGACGGGCUCGUGGAGCGGCUGCGCGCCGCCGCCGCCGACGACGACGACGACGACGACGAGGGCUGGGCGUCGGCGGCGGCGCCGCAGAUGGCCGAGGCCCUCGUCAGCCUGUACCGCCAGGAGAGGCUGCACGGCGACAUGCACGAGGGCCUGCAGCUCGCCGCCCUCGCGCACUGCGCCGCCGGCAACUACUGGGACACGGUCAAGUACGCGCACCUCGCUGGCGAGCGUGGCGCCCUGUUUGACGGGCCGAGCCGGGACGACUUGGCGAGGCUGGCGAGGCUGGCCGAGAGGCCCGACGGCGAGGACUGCUGGAUGAGACGGAGACGGGCGAGGACGCGGACGAGUGCGUAG